UAGUGGAGCGGCCCGACACGUCUUCCGGCCGACACGGAUCGCGCGGCGCUACCUCGUCGCAUCAAUCCCUCGAGCGCCGCCGCCGCCGGGAGCCAUGGCGCGGUCCCCCGCCUCCUCCUCGUCCUACACCGACAGCACGGACUCCUCCUCCUCCGGAUCGGCCUCCUCCUCGGGGAGCGAACGGCGCCGCCGCCACCGACGCCACCGCAAGGAAUCCUCCUCGUCCUCGUCCGCGCUGAAGGCGCGCAAGGACCGGAGGUCCCGCCACAAGCGGCGCCGGAAGGAGCGGCGGCGGUCCCCGUCCGACGGCGACAGCUACAGUAGCACAAGCUCUUAUGACAGUGACCGUGAGGCAUCUGGCAGAUCAAGUAAGCAUAAGAAGAGGAGCAGAUCAAGAAAGUCUAGGGAGAGGGUGCGAAGCAAGGAUAGACAUCAUAAACGAGACAAGAGUAAACAUAAAGAGAAGGAAGAGACUGCGCGUGCUGAUGGUCCUGUCCAGCUCUCCAAGUUCCUUGGGCGCGAAAAGGAAAAGGAGGAAGGUGUUCAAAGGAGUGCAAUCUCUGGUAAAAAGAUAAUGAUGAAGCUUGAGAAAUCAAAGGAAGAUAAGGCGGCAGAGAGUAAGCGCAAUGAGCUAUUGAAGUUUCUGAAUGCCAGCUAUGAUUAACUGUUUGUUCGAAGUGGUGACACAGUAUUAUUACCUCUGGAUUGUCUUGAUACUACAGCAUAGUCAUGAGUGCUUUUGAUGGUCUUCAUAAGCUUUUUGUUGGGUUUGUUCCUAGUUUAUCACAUGACCAUUUUUUUGUGGUAUUUAACUAGUGACCGGAAAAGGUCUACACUUAGCAUUACAAGUCUUGUAUUUUCUGUAACUUCUUUGUGGUUUUUCUUUGUCAAAACUGUUUCACUGGGCAUUCACCGCUCUUGUUGCAAUUUAUGCGAACUUGUUUGCUCGUUGUA